AAGGAGCGGAUUUGCAGGCAGGUGUGUAUGGACUGUAGUGUGCUGGAACAUAUUUGAUCACUUGUUCUUCUCUUGUCCAAAAUGAACAUGAAGCCAAAUAUCGAGAUUCUGAAGGAACCUAAAGGGUUCAUUAAAGGCAUUGAGCUGGUCAUCACCAUAUUUGCCUUUGCCACGGUGGCUGGUUUUAUAGGUCAGGCUGAAUUUAAACUUAAUUGCAUAGGAGUAUCAAAGACACGACAAGUUUCUGUGGAUUUUUACUACCCGUUCAGUGAGAUGAAAGUAUAUGUCUCAAAGAACGAGCUCUGCAUAAAUGACACCGAAAUCAAGCCAUAUACAAUGGAAUUGAAAUACAAGUCUGAGGCAGAGUACAUUGUCUUCACUGGUGUAGUGUCCAUGUUGUUCGUCAUUGUGGCUCUUUUUUACUACACCUUUUUUGAAGAUCGAGCCAAAGAAGCCACCUCAACUGAUGUUGGUUAUUUUUCGUUUCCAGUUGUGGAUUUUGUCUUUACUGUUGUCCUGGUCAUCUUUUGGUUUACCAGCUCCAUCGCAUGGGCAGCUGCAUUGUCUGGGCUUAAAGAUGCUACAAGCGAGACAACUCUAUUUGACACAGUUGCACUUUGUAAGGUUCAAGGCUGUCAAUCAUUCAAUGGAGCACGAUAUGGAUCUGCUACUGUGGCUGUGGUCUUUGGAUUCCUCAACUUUUUUGUCUGGGGUGGCAAUCUGUGGUUCCUUUUUAAAGAAACACCAUGGCAUAGUCCUCGCACUUCUGGAAAAGGUGCAGAGAGUGUACCUCAGGAGCCUCCACGACAAGACAUUCCCUCUGCUCCAGAAAUUUAAUCUCUUUUCUCAGCACUGCAAGAUAAUUUGUCUUCGUGUAUUACUCUGUCAUCAGGCAUUCGUCAUAAAACAUGUUUUGGAUAAUACUUUUGAAACUUUACUACUUAGUCAGUUUUGAAGUUAAAGGGUUUUUGUAGACUAUUUUGGUCUGUAAAGUGAUUGACAUAGCUGCUGUUAUAUGUCAAUUAAUAUGCAGUUAUUGACUGAGGUAAAGGUCCUGAUAAAAAUAAAUAUAUGUCUAUAUUAUUAA